AAGGCGUGAGAUUCAACUCCCGAGUGAUUCAUCUUCAACACACAUGAUCUUCGUUGCAACUCUUGUGACACGGAGCAGGUAGAAAACUACAUUCCGCUCCAGACAAGCUGCAGAGCCAGGCGGACAGGAGGGAAGGGGAGCACUUUAUCCCGAGUCUCCUGAGCUGAACUUGAAUAAACCAGCAAGCCAUGGAUGACAGCUCCUCACCAGGCAAAGUCAGCAGCUCUACAGAGUCCGUGGCCACCGUCACCAGUGAGGAGUUUGUUCUUGUGCAGACCAGUUCUGGCGGGUCGCCACAGGGAUCUGAGGGCAAACCGAGACUCAAGAUGUCUUUGAACGGCAGUGAACAGCUUGAAAAAGCCAUGGAAGAAGUGUUGGAUGAUAAUGCUGAUGAUGAUGAUGACGACGAUGACGAUGAUGUGAAGAUAGAGAAGAGCAGUUUGGAAAAGAUGGAGAAGAACAGGGAACCAGAGAGCCCACCUCUGGAGGCUCCACCUGCAGAUGCAUGUCCAGCACCAUCCAGUGCUGCAGUCUUGGAGGAGGACAGUGUUCAGUUCAACAAGCUGUCCUACCUUGGCUGCACGUGGGUCAAAGCCCCCCGCAAUGAAGCGGAAGCACAGAGGGCUAUGGCAACACUGCGGGCUGAGAGCGCCAUCCCCAUCCCCAUCACCCUGCAUGUCCCCUGUGGUCCAGACGGUUCUGUCAGGAUCGUGGACCAGGCAUCAGGUACAGAGAUUGCUUCGUUCCCCAUCUACAAGGUGCUAUUCUGCGCUCGUGGCCGAGAGGGCUCGGUCGAAAGCGAUUGCUUCUCCUUCACCGAAAGUUACAGAAGUUCUGAAGACUUCCAGAUUCACGUUUUCUCCUGUCACAUCAAAGAGGCUGUCAGUCGUAUCUUGUACAGCUUCUCAACAGCCUUUCGCCGUUCUUCACGGCCAGCAGACAUCAGAGACACAUCGUCCUCCAGUCCGCCUGACAGUGAUCUCUACACCUUCACUGUCUCACUGGAGAUUAGAGAGGAUGAUGGCAAAGGAAACUACAGUGCUGUGCCUAAGGACAGAGAUAAAUUCUACUUCAAGCUGCGGCAGAGUGUACAGAAGAAGGUUGUAGUUUCCGUUCAGCAGAUGUGCAACAAGGAGCUGGGUAUUGAGAGGUGUUUUGGGAUGUUGCUGAGUCCAGGACAAAAGGUGUGCAACAGUGACAUGCAUCUGCUAGACAUGGAAUCAAUGGGGAAGAGCUCUGAUGGGAAGGCGUACGUCAUCACGGGAACAUGGAAUCCCAACCUUGCUGCUUUCCAGCCUCUGAAUGAAGACACACCCAAAGAUAAGCAGGUAUACAUGACGGUUGCCGUGGACCUGGUCGUGACGGAAGUGGUGGAGCCAGUUCGCUUCUUGUUGGAAACCCUUGUGAGAGUCUACCCAUCAAAUGAACGCUUCUGGUAUUUCAGUCGCAAGACCUUCAGCGAGACUUUCUACCUCAAACUCAGACAGCAGGCACCUGACAGAGUGGGUCAAAGCGACGCCGUCUAUGAGGUGAUGAGUCUUCAAAGAGAGGCAGAAAAAAACAAUGCAGAAAGCAGACAACUGGUCUCACCCACUGAGGAAGAGGAGGCUGAUGAAGAGAGUGACAGUGAGCUCUCCAGUGGGACAGGAGAUGUCUCCAAAGAUUGUCCUGAGAAAAUACUGGAGUCCUGGGGAGGAAUCCUGAGCAGAUGGCAUGGGAACCUGUCCACUCGUCCAAAGGGUUUGCCCUCAUUGGUCCGCAGUGGCAUUCCUGAAGCACUCAGAGCUGAAGUCUGGCAGCUGCUGGCUGGUUGCCACGACAACCAUGACCUGCUUGAGGACUACCGCAUUCUCAUCACAAAGGACUCUGCUCAGGAAGGCGUCAUCACACGAGACAUCCACCGAACAUUUCCUGCACAUGACUACUUCAAGGACUCCGAUGGAGAUGGACAGGAUUCUUUGUACAAGAUCUGCAAAGCUUACUCCGUCUACGAUGAGGAAAUCGGUUACUGUCAGGGUCAGUCAUUUCUUGCUGCUGUACUCCUGCUGCAUAUGCCAGAGGAGCAGGCCUUCUGCGUGUUGGUGAAUAUCAUGUACAAGUACGGACUCAGAGCUCUGUACAAAAACAACUUUGAAGAUCUUCACUGCAAGUUCUACCAGCUGGAGAGGCUGAUGCAGGAACAACUUCCAGACCUGUGGUCCCAUUUUCAGGAGCUGAACUUGGAGGCACACAUGUAUGCCUCCCAGUGGUUCCUCACACUCUUCACUGCCAAGUUCCCCCUCUGCAUGGUGUUCCACAUCACGGACCUGCUGCUCUGCGAGGGACUGAACAUAAUCUUCAAUGUUGCCCUGGCCCUCCUCAAGACAUCUAAAGAAGACCUUCUGCAGGCAGACUUCGAAGGGGCUCUCAAGUUCUUCAGAGUUCAGCUCCCUAAGCGAUACAGGGCUGCAGAGAAUGCUCGAAGGCUUAUGGAGCAGGCAUGCAACAUCAAGGUUCCAACUAAAAAGCUGAAGAAAUUCGAGAAGGAUUAUCAGACACUGAGAGAGAGCCAGCUGCAGCAUGAAGACCCCAUCGACCGAUACCAGAGGGAGAACCGUCGUCUUCAGGAAGCCAGUAUGAGACUGGAGCAGGAAAAUGACGACUUGGCACAUGAGCUGGUCACCAGUAAGAUCGCUCUGCGGAAUGACUUGGACCAGGCUGAAGACAAGGCCGAUGUGCUGAACAAAGAGCUGCUGACCACCAAGCAGCGCCUGGUGGAAACAGAGGAAGAAAAGAGGCGGCAGGAGGAGGAGACUGCUCAGCUGAAGGAAGUGUUCAGGAGGGAGCUGGAGAAAGCAGAGAUGGAGAUCAAGAAAACCACAGCGAUCAUCGCAGAAUACAAACAGAUCUGCUCCCAGCUGAGUACCAGGCUGGAAAAACAGCAGGCAGCGACUAAAGAAGAGCUCGACAUUGUCAGGAAUAAAAUCAUGGGCUGCGACCACUGCAAGGAUCUGUUCAGCACGCUGGGCUCUCUCCAGGCUUCAUCCCCCGGCAGCAACAGGACGUCCACAGAGCCGCUGGACGAGGAGAAGGACGGACUGAAGGAGCAGCUGAGACAGCUGGAGCUGGAGCUGGCACAGACCAAACUACAGCUGGUGGAGGCCAAGUGUCGCAUCCAGGAGCUGGAGCAUCAGCGAGGAGUCCUGAUGAACGAGAUCCAGGCCGCCAAGAACUCCUGGCUCAGCAAGACUCUGGGUUCUCUGAAGAGCUCUGCGUCCUCGUCCUCCAGCUCAUCAUCACAGACCCCGUCCUCUCCGAAGGAUGGGCCCGCCUAGACGAUUCCCCCCGCCCUGCCCCGCCCCUUCCCCCGCCCCCCGCCACUCUUUAUGUUUCCCCUGCAGGGUGCAUGCAUGAGAAACACGAGCUGAACAAGCAAGUGGCGGAGAAAUGUGAUCUUGUUUUUCCAACAGGUGAGACAGCAAAGCUCACAGGCUUCACGAACUUCAAACAAGCUGAAAAGAUGAUGAGGAGAAAUGGCCGCCUGGCUUUGAGUGAACUUACCUUAGCCCUUGCUGCUUCACAGAUGAUGAGUCAGGUGAGGGCGAAGCUUCGCUGAGGCCUCAUGUGAAGUUCGGCAGUCGCAGCUCACUCAACAUACCUGACUGAAUUUGUCUCAUGGGCCAAAUACCUCCCUCAUGUGGAUAACUGUUGCCACUGCAGAGAUAUCCAAACAGUUAUCAGUGUGUCAUUUUGUUUCCUGAUUUAACGGUGAGCCUGCACUCAGUCUGACAAUUAGGACGUUGUCUUUCUUAAUGAAAGUGGCAAAACUACCUGACAAUGGUAACAUAUCUUUGCUGUUUUGGAAAUUUAGCAAACUACACAAACCCUCUACAUUGCUGGUGAUUCCAGACAACCUGAAAAAGGAAUAUGGCACACAAUUUUAAAUUAAAAGUUGUAUUUCUUUAUAGUAAUAUAAUGUAAACAAUAAUGUCAUAUUAUAUAUACCAAUUUUUGUUUUGUUUUUUUAAUUAAAUAACCUUGUAUAGUUCUUUAAGCAAAUGGAAAAAAAAACACAAGGAAGAGUUCGUAAAAGUUUUUUCUACUGUUUGGAAAGUUAAUGUCGCCUCCGUCGAAGGCGCCCGAAGCACAGUGUGUUAUCGAUGAGGUCGAGUCCAAAAGCUGAGAAGCCAAAGUGACGGCCCGCAGUGACCUGUUGUUCAAAUCCCGUUUCCUGCUCAUGAUGAUUGAUCAUACAUCCAUUGAUCUGUUUAUCUUUGAUCAGAAAAGACCCAAGCACAGCUGUGCUAGUUAUCUGUGUCUCUUCCAUUUAUUUUGAUUUUUGAUAUGCUUAAUUUUAUAUCAACCACUUACAAAUAAUAUAACGCCUGUCCUCAUGAGCAUUUCAAGACUCAACAUGUUUUAAUAUAUUCAAGUUAUAAAAAAAGCUUCUUUUAAACUUUUAUUAGUUUCUUAGUAGAUUUGUUUGUAUUGAACUCCUUGUUUUAGUCGCAGAUGUUUCAUUGAAAAAUACCAUUAGUGGGUUUUUCCGCUCUGAAAGAAAGGCCAUUGUAAAUUGUUGAUUCUUCCGCCGAGUUGAAUAAAAAUGAACACAGAGAAAAUGGAGUGCACGCAUCUCCAUCAUGUGAAAUUAUGCAGGGCACAGCAACACCCACAUCCGCAAAACAUGUUGACUCAGCACAUUCAAGUUGACAAUUGCACUUUAUAAGACAGCAGAGGCCAUGAAGUAAAUGUAAUUUUUUUGUCCCAAUUUAAACAUUAAUCAUUUCAUUGAGCUUCAGGAUUGUUCCAUAAUUGCCAAACAGUCUUAAAGCCAUUUGAAGGACUGUGCCAAAACCCACUUUCCCUUUUUGUCUAAAAAUCGUCUUUUUUUAACCACCUGUGUCACAUUAAGCAGCUCUAAUUUGAUAACAUGAUAUUCAAACUUCUGAAUCAUACUGGUAAUAUUCACUGUAACUUCAUGUUCACAUCGGUUUGAGAAGUUAUCAGUCCCCAGUUGUUGCACGGGCUUGCCCUCAAAAACAAAAAUAUUUAAGUAAGAUGAGCAGGAAACUGUACUGAAGAUUAAAAAAAAAACUCUCAAUGGAUUAGGCGGUGUUUUAUUUUAUAAGAAAAGAAAAAAAGGUUUGCUAACAUUGUGCAUAUUUUUUUGUACUUGGUAGAUACUGCUCGUUGCAGUUAAGGUUGAUUUGUUCAGCCUAUAAAGGGUUUCUGUGUUGCUGUAGCAUGAGCACGUUAGCCCUGUGCUAACAGGCAGAUGGAUGCAGCACGGAACCACUUCCUCCCUCGUGCUGGCUGACACUCAAGUUAGCCUUUGGACUCGAACCUGUCGUCUGUGUGUGUGUUUGUGUGAGAGAGAAAGAGAGUGAGAGAGAAAGUGUUCUGCGCUGUAACUCCUGCUAGAGUUGAGAUGUUUCCUCUUCACACGGCUGCCUUUUCUGUUGAUGACUGAAGCUGUCGGCUGAGAGGACAGAUAUCAACCUGAACUGUCAGAGAGCUUCAGCUGUGCCAUAAGACCCUCCUCCUACUCCUCCUACCCCUCCUACUCCCCCUCCGCAGAGCCCACGAAUGGCCCCAAUACCCGACACAUCUGCUGAAUAUUUUUCAGCAUGUCACACAUUUCCUCCUGGAGCUCACCAGUAAAGACGUCAAGAACUGGAGAAACUUCAUAGAUCCAACAGAAAGGAGCAGUGUCUCUGCAUCUUCUGGCCGUAUCCCUGUUUGACUGUUGGUUAUUAUUCAUAUUGGUCAGUCUGAGAGAAGAAGAAUUAUGAAGCAAGUACGAUGGUCACUGCAGACAGGUUCGAAAGAGCACCCUGUCUAUUACGUGCACUAACACAAUGUUGACAUUUAAAACACUAUUUGAAAGCUGUUUGUUUAAAAGGUAUUUUGUAAUUGAUGAUUAUUGUUGGUGAGAAAACAGCUGCCAGUUUAUAAUCCACUGAAACUCAAAUCUAAUUUGUUUUAAAAGCAGUCGUUGAGUCCGAUUACAGGCGUUAUGUGUUGUGUAGUUUACAGUUUGCUGUCACACCCGUCCAGUAACACAGAGAGGGGCUGCUUCUCCGCCAGUCUGACUUCAACACUGUUUCCUGUACAGUAACUGUUUGAGCUGCAUUAAUAAAAUUCAGCUUUUCUCUUUGUUCACA